GAGAGUGAGGGCAACACCUAGAGAAAACGGGGGGCACGGCGGAGGAAAAGCGUGGGGUUCAGCCUAGCUCUUCACCCGUACUAUGGGCAAAUCGUAACACUAAAACGCCCAGGUUACGCUAUUUAAUUAACAAACACUACACAAGGGGUGGUUCUACGGCUUGCGUGGUCUUGUGGAGACACUAAAGCAAGCAGCAUGUCGCGGGGAGCGCUGCAGCCGAGCCAGCAGAAGCUGGCGGAGAAAUUCACCAUCCUAAAUGACAGGGGAAUCGGGAUGCUGACCCGCAUCUAUAACAUCAAAAAGCAAGGACAAGUAUGGAAGGCAUGCGGGGACCCCAAAGCAAAGCCCUCUUACCUAAUAGACAAAAACCUGGAGUCGGCCGUAAAGUUUAUCGUCCGAAAAUUCCCCGCCGUGGAAACCCGCAACAACAACCAACAGCUUGCACAACUACAGAAAGAAAAGUCAGAAAUUUUAAAGAAUCUAGCUUUAUAUUACUUCACAUUUGUCGAUGUUAUGGAAUUUAAGGAUCAUGUGUGUGAGCUGCUGAACACUGUCGAUGCCUGCCAGGUUUUCUUUGAUAUUACAGUUAAUUUCGAUCUUACCAGGAACUACCUAGACUUAGUCGUGACCUACACUACGCUAAUGAUGCUGCUUUCUCGGAUCGAAGAGCGAAAAGCGAUUAUAGGACUCUAUAACUACGCCCAUGAAAUGACACACGGGUCAAGUGACAGAGAAUACCCCAGGCUCGGACAAAUGAUUGUCGACUACGAGAAUCCUCUGAAAAAGAUGAUGGAGGAGUUUGUUCCUCACGGAAAGUCCCUGUCGGAUGCCCUGAUCUCCCUUCAGAUGGUGUACCCUCGACGGAACCUGUCAGCGGACCAGUGGAGGAACGCCCAGCUGCUCAGCCUCAUCAGUGCACCCAGCACCAUGCUAAACCCCGCCCAAUCAGACACUAUGCCCUGUGAGUACCUGUCCCUGGACACCAUGGAGAAGUGGAUAGUGUUCGGCUUCGUCCUGUGCCACGCGGCUCUGAACAGCGACCCGGCGGCCCUCAGCCUGUGGAAGCUGGCCCUACAGAGCAGCUCCUGCCUCUGCCUCUUCCGGGACGAGGUCUUCCACAUCCACAAGGCUGUGGAGGACCUGUUCGUCAACAUCAGAGGCUACAACAAGCGGGUCAAUGACGUCAGAGAGUGCAAAGAAGCUGCGCUGUCCUACGCGGGCUCCAUGCACAGAGAAAGGCGUAAGUUCCUGAGGUCUGCCCUUAAGGAGUUAGCUACAGUCCUGGCUGACCAGCCUGGACUACUGGGACCAAAGGCGCUGUUUGUGUUCAUGGCCCUGUCCUUCGCCCGGGAUGAGAUCAUUUGGCUCCUGCGUCAUGCCGACAACAUUCAGAAGAAGAGCACAGACGACUUCAUAGACAAGCACAUCGCGGAGCUGAUCUUCUACAUGGAGGAGCUGAGGGCUCACGUGCGCAAGUACGGCCCGGUCAUGCAGCGGUACUACGUGCAGUACCUGUCCGGCUUCGACGCCGUGGUGCUCAACGAGCUGGUGCAGAACCUGUCAGUCUGCCCUGAGGAUGAAUCCAUCAUCAUGUCAUCUUUCGUGAACACCAUGACCUCUCUCAGCGUAAAGCAAGUGGAAGACGGGGACGUGUUCGAUUUCAGAGGCAUGCGCCUGGACUGGUUCAGAUUGCAGGCCUACACCAGCGUGUCCAAGGCCUCUCUGGGAAUCGCAGACCACAAGGAGCUGGGCAAGAUGAUGAACACUAUCAUUUUUCACACCAAAAUGGUCGACUCCCUGGUGGAAAUGCUGGUGGAAACCUCAGAUCUCUCCAUAUUCUGCUUUUACAGCCGGGCGUUUGAGAAGAUGUUCCAGCAGUGCCUGGAGCUGCCCUCCCAGUCCCGAUACUCCAUCUCCUUCCCCCUGCUCUGCACCCACUUCAUGAGCUGCACCCACGAGCUCUGUCCUGAGGAGAGGCACCACAUCGGAGACCGCAGCCUGUCCUUGUGCAACAUGUUCCUGGACGAAAUGGCCAAGCAGGCGCGCAACCUCAUCACGGACAUCUGCACCGAGCAGUGCACCCUGAGCGACCAGCUGCUGCCCAAGCACUGCGCCAAGACCAUCAGCCAGGCGGUGAACAAGAAGUCGAAAAAGCAGACAGGGAAGAAGGGCGAGCCGGAGAGGGAGAAGCCGGGGGUGGAGAGCAUGAGGAAGAACAGGCUUCUGGUUACCAACCUGGACAAGCUGCACACGGCGCUCUCAGAGCUGUGCUUCUCCAUCAACUACGUGCCCAACAUGGUGGUCUGGGAGCACACCUUCACCCCCCGAGAGUAUCUCACGUCCCACCUGGAGAUCCGCUUCACCAAGUCCAUCGUGGGGAUGACCAUGUACAACCAGGCCACGCAGGAGAUCGCCAAGCCGUCGGAGCUGCUGACCAGCGUGCGCGCCUACAUGACCGUGCUGCAGUCCAUCGAGAACUACGUGCAGAUCGACAUCACCAGGGUCUUCAACAACGUGCUGCUCCAGCAGACCCAGCACCUGGACAGCCACGGGGAGCCCACCAUCACCAGCCUCUACACCAACUGGUAUCUGGAGACCCUGCUGAGGCAGGUGAGUAAUGGCCACAUUGCGUAUUUUCCCGCCAUGAAAGCCUUCGUCAAUCUCCCCACGGAAAACGAGCUCACCUUCAACGCCGAGGAGUACUCUGACAUUUCAGAGAUGAGGUCGCUCUCCGAGCUCCUGGGACCCUACGGCAUGAAGUUCCUCAGCGAGAGCCUCAUGUGGCACAUCUCCUCCCAGGUGGCUGAGCUCAAGAAACUGGUGGUGGAGAAUGUGGAGGUUCUGACCCAAAUGAGGACCAGCUUCGACAAGCCCGAGCAGAUGGCGGCGCUCUUCAAGAAGCUCACGUCAGUCGACAGCGUGCUGAAACGGAUGACAAUCAUCGGGGUCAUUCUGUCAUUCCGAUCGCUGGCCCAGGAGGCUCUCAGAGACGUGCUCUCCUGUCACAUUCCCUUCCUGGUGAGCUCCGUGGAAGAUUUCAAGGACCACAUUCCCAGAGAAACUGACAUGAAGGUGGCGAUGAAUGUGUACGAGCUCUCCUCAGCUGCGGGACUGCCCUGCGAGAUCGACCCCGCCCUGGUGGUGGCUCUCUCCUCACAGAAGUCAGAGAACAUCAGUCCUGAGGAGGAGUACAAGAUCGCCUGCCUGCUCAUGGUGUUUGUGGCGGUUUCCCUGCCGACCUUGGCCAGCAACGUCAUGUCACAGUACAGCCCUGCGAUUGAAGGGCAUUGCAACAACAUUCAUUGUCUGGCAAAGGCUAUAAACCAGAUAGCAGCAGCCCUGUUCACCAUUCACAAGGGCAGCAUUGAGGACCGUCUGAAAGAAUUCCUGGCGCUCGCCUCGUCCAGCCUGCUGAAGAUCGGCCAGGAGACGGACAAAACGACAACGCGGAACAGGGAAUCUGUGUACUUGCUCCUCGACAUGAUUGUGCAAGAAUCCCCCUUCCUUACCAUGGACCUUCUGGAGUCUUGCUUCCCCUACGUCCUGCUGAGAAACGCCUAUCAUGCUGUCUACAAGCAGAGCGUCACCGCUUCAGCAUAGAAGACACUCACCUGGGGCCAGGAUGUGCAUAGAUGAAAACGUGGGUCUUGGUGACACAGACCACCAUGGGCUUGUUUUACAUGAUAGUCUUAAGAAAAGAGCGAUGACUUUUUUGUGGGAUCAGACCUUUUUUUUUUUUUCUUCAAAAAAUUGUUUUAAAGAUGAGUUGUUUCCUAUAACACUUACAGUAACCUAUAAGCUUGGUUGAUGAGAGCUAGUGACACUACUAAAUUAAAUUUUUUGAAGAGCAUCUGUGUUUCAGAACUGAAAGACAA